CGGAAGUGUUUUCUUUUCAUAUUUAGAAACUCAGACUUUUGAUCGCUCCCUUCUACACUACACCGAGGUUGAAAUGGCAGAGAAACAGAAAACGAUACCGUCGAAACAAAACGACACUGUUUCAUUCUUCGGAACUCCGACGCCGGCGAAGAGAGAAAUGCGGUUAACCGUUCCCGAACAAAAUCAAAAUUACGUCACCGAAUUUCGAAACUACGAAGACGGUGCAUGGUACACCGUUAUGGUUACGUUGGAGGAAAAGGAAACACUUCGAGUAAGGUACGAAAAAUUCACCGAUGAAGAAGACAAUAUCUUCGAACCUUCGUUUUUCGAAUCAUUGGAAGAGCUUGUUGAAUUUGAGAAACGAUUCAGACCUCUUUCCGUUCAAGUUCAGGAUUAUGAAUGUCGGAAGCUUGUUAAGGGUGUUAGGGUUUGCGCUUCGCUGCAUUUCACACCUGAUGAUCUUCGCUUCUAUGAUGCUGUUGUUGAUGCGGUAGAAGAACGCAAGCAUUCUCGCAAAAAAGACGCGGAGUGCUUGUGUACCUUUAUCCUGUCCUGGUUACAUGGGCCAAAUGAAGGAAAGUUGACUGCUGCCGAAAUUGGUGACAUUUGCAUUGUGCAGCCUAUAAAAGAGCAUGAUCCAGCUGUGGCUUUUUUCUUGGAGAUUACAAGGAGGAGACUAGAAUCACAAUCUGGACAGGAAUUGGUGGUGAACUGCCAUAAAGGAACAAAAACUAAAACCAAAAUGGGAUUCUUCGAAAGAAUGCAAAAGGGAAAACGACGCGCCAAACGAUCUGUUGUGGGUGCCUGUUCUCCUGAAGUCAGCCUUGAUGAAAGCAUGGAAGAUAAAGAGUUGGAAGGAAAAAGAAAUGUGUGUAUGAUUCUGAUAGGGAAUCUUGAUAAAGAAUUAUGUCCAUCAACAGCUGUAGAGUUCAUAUACAAACAUACUCAAGUAUCAGCUAGUGUGUUCAUUUUUCCAAGUUUAUCAUUGGAGUUAUAUACCAGGGGUGCCAUUAUGUUGCACACGGAACAAGAUUUCCAAAAGCUUUGUGACUUUUUGACAAAUCCAAACUACAUCAUAGCAUCUUCAACUGGCAGGCCAUGGGUGGUAAUUGAAAAACAAGUAGGCCUCAAAAAUAUCAAAGCAUCAAUAGGAACACUGUUUCCUAAAUCUGAGAAUGCAUCACAUGAUGGAAACAGUAGAACGAGUAGCAAUUUGAAGGUUGUACAUUCAGGAACUCAAGAAUUCAAGACUGCCAGUGCUAAGAGGGAUUUGUUUUCGGAAUUUGCUGAUCACCAAGUGCGGCUGCACAAGAAGCUUGCAUUUCUGGAAGCAAGUAUUCAUGAAAUCUGAAACUAGGUUCUUUAGUGAACUUGCUUAACAGUUAACAUUAUGUUGUCCUCUAUACUCGUUUUUGGUUGUGGGCGUAUAUAAUUUUGUGGGCAUCAUCAUAUCAUCGUUUAUAACUAUAAUCAUGCAAGUUUUCCUUAAAAAA